GAUCAGAAUCUCAGGCUGCCGGGCUUGACUACAAAUUCCCCCCCGAAACUGGGUCUCGGAUCCUUGGGAAAUGAUCACCCCACUUGACCACCCGUCGCCAUUUCGGGAAGCUGGUGUGGUUGUUUUAAGUCACCCUUUCACGGGCAUUAAAAAUUGAUGUUUCCUCCCUAAGAUUUCUCAGUCACUUCUUGGGAGUGUCCUUUUUCUAAACCAAACCGAUUUAGUAUUAUUAUAUAUUUUUAAUGUUUAUUUAUUUUAAAGAGAGGUAGAGACAGAGCACGAGUUGGGGAGGGACAGACAGAGGGAGAGAGAGAGAGAGGGAGACACAGAAUCCCAAGCAGGCUCCAGGCUCUAGGCUGUCAGCACCGAGCCCGACCCAGGGCUGGAACUCACAAACUGCAAGAUCAUGACCUGAGCUGAAGUGGGACGCCUAACGGACCGAGCCACCCAGGCGUCCCUAAACCGAUUUAUUAUUAUAAUAGUUAACUUAUUCUGGUUUGAACUAGAGUUUGGUGCGUGAGAGCCCUGGCCACUGAAUGUAAGCCCUCUGAAGGUAGGGAUUGUGUCUUGGGCUUCUUUCUGACCGACCUCUUGUAGAGUGGGCAGGGUUUUUGUGUUGAGUCAGCAUCUAGUAUGUGGUGAGUUGAACUGUUUGGUGAAAGAACCGUUCUAAAGCGACUAACCAGCGUCUUAAAAACUGUCCUAGAACCACUAACCGGAAUCUCCUUUUUCCUGCAAAGCACCCAGUGCUGCCCGAGGCUUGAGCCCAACGUGAAGAACCACAUUUGGACAAAUCCUUCCUAUGUCUGCAGUAUCAGCUUGGAUUACUCAGGUUAUUCAGGGUUGGGGAAUCUUCAGCAGUGUUAAAUAUAUUACCAUCAACUUAUGGGAUGGCUUCUUUGCAAAGGAAAGGGCUGCAGGCAAGAAUUCUCAGCGCUGAAGAAGAGGAGAAAUUGCAAAGAGACCAGGCUUUAAUGUCUGAUUUUAAACAGCAAAAACUGGAAAAAGAGGCUCAGAAGAACUGGGACCUUUUUUACAAAAGAAAUAGCACUAACUUCUUCAAAGAUAGACACUGGACCACCAGAGAGUUUGAGGAACUCAGAUCAUGUAGAGAGUUUGAAGAUCAAAAAUUGACUGUGCUUGAAGCUGGCUGUGGUGUUGGGAACUGUUUAUUCCCGCUUUUAGAAGAAGAUCUGAAUAUCUUUGCCUAUGCCUGUGACUUUUCUCCAAGAGCAGUUGAGUAUGUCAAGCAAAAUCCUUUAUAUGACACAGAAAGAUGCAAGGUGUUCCAGUGUGAUCUAACCAAAGAUGACCUUCUGGAACAUGUGCCCCCAGAGUCCGUGGAUGUUGUCAUGUUGAUAUUUGUCCUCUCUGCUGUUCACCCUGAUAAGAUGCACCUUGUCUUACAAAACAUUUACCAGGUAUUAAAACCAGGCAAAAGUGUCUUGUUUCGGGACUAUGGGCUGUAUGAUCAUGCCAUGCUUAGGUUUAAAGCUGGCAGCAAACUUGGAGAAAACUUUUAUGCUAGACAAGACGGAACCAGAUCGUAUUUUUUUACUGAUGAAUUCCUGGCUCAGCUCUUUAUGGACACAGGUUACGAAGAAGUGGUGAAUGAGUAUGUGUUUCGUGAGACGGUGAAUAAAAAAGAAGGCCUGUGUGUGCCGAGGGUUUUUCUUCAGAGCAAAUUCCGAAAGUGUCCUAAGAACCCAACACCCUUGACCCUGGGCCUGGGUCACAAGUCCUGACUUUUCACAAGGUUGGCAUUUGUGCCUCCCCUUGAAGAGGAAAGUUUGAAGUAACUCUAUUUUGUAUAUUUUUAUAUUUUAACUUUUUAAAAAUGAGCAUAUAUAAUUUUUAUAUGAAAAGGUAGCAAGUGUGUGUGUAUAUUACAACAAUGCAAAUAAAAUUUCCAGGCCUGAAAAGUAAAGAAAGUUUGAUGGUAUAAUGUAGUGCAGCCAGGCUGUCUGACUGAAAUUCCACGAAGGGAAAAGCAUAAGUGCUUAAAGAGAUCCUUGCCGUCACUACUGAGAGCCUGUAAGUGCGCCCCCAGGCAGCACGUCAGGCAGCCCUGUGGAAAAAUGAGGCCAAAUAGACCGAAAUAACACAUCCAGAUGUAUUUUUAGCCUGAAGGAUUGUUCUCUUUUUCCAGUGUCUCCUAUUUGCCCGUUUUUCUCCGCUUCAGUUCAUUUAUGUGCCUCUUCAAGACCAGUGUUUCACAAAUACAGCUUUUGCUAUGACUCGAGAACCCA